AUGAAAAUGGUGUUGUCACAACGGCAACGAGAGGAGCUGAAUAAAGCGAUCGCCGAUUAUUUAGGUAGCAAUGGCUACACGGACGCGCUGGAAGCGUUCAAGAAGGAGGCCGACAUGUCCGGCGAAAUGGAUCGCAAGUUCGGCGGCCUCCUCGAGAAAAAAUGGACCUCAGUCAUAAGGUUGCAGAAAAAAGUGAUGGAAUUAGAAUCGAAGCUGUCGGAAGCUCAGAAGGAAUUCAUCGAGGGUGCACCAACGCGCGCUAAGCGCACGCCCGCCGAGUGGAUCCCACGUCCACCGGAAAAAUUCUGUCUCACCGGACACCGGGCCACCAUUACCAAGGUAAUAUUUCACCCGGUGUUUAGUUUGAUGGUGUCCUCGAGCGAGGACGCGACCAUCAAAGUGUGGGACUUUGAGAGCGGCGAGUACGAACGAACCCUGAAGGGACACACCGAUUCCGUUCAGGAUAUCGCUUUCGACCAUCAUGGAAAAUUACUGGUGUCGUGCAGCGCAGACAUGUCAAUAAAGCUGUGGGACUUCAACCAAACGUUCGAGUGUGUGAAGACGAUGCACGGCCACGACCACAAUGUGUCGUCGGUCGCGUUCUCACCUAGCGGGGACAUCGUCUACUCCGCCAGUCGAGAUAAGACCAUCAAAGCUUGGGAAGUUGCCACUGGGUAUUGCAUCAAGACGUACAAAGGUCACCGCGAGUGGGUGCGCAUGGUGCGCGUGUCACCGGACGGCACGCUCCUGGCCUCCUGCUCCAACGACCAGACCGUGCGCAUCUGGAACGCAGACACCAACGAAUGCAAGAUGGAGCUACGUGAACACGAGCACGUAGUGGAGUGUGUGUCGUGGGCGCCAGAGGCCGCGGCCGCCGCCAUCAAUGAGGCGGCCGGCACCGACAACCGCCGCGCCAACCACGCCGGACCCUUCCUCGCCAGCGGCUCACGUGAUAAAUCCGUCAAGAUCUGGGACGUGAGCACGGGGCAGUGCCUGGCGACGCUGGUGGGUCACGACAACUGGGUGCGCGGCGCGGCCUGGCACCCGGGCGGCCGCUACCUGCUGACUGCCUCCGACGACAAGACGCUCCGUGUCUGGGACGUAGCGCACACGCGCUGUCUCAAGACGCUCUACGCGCACCAACACUUCGCCACCAGUCUCGAUUUCCACAGGAGCUUGCCAUACGUGAUAUCAGGCAGCGUUGAUCAGACCGUCAAAGUUUGGGAGUGUCGCUAA